UAUAACAUUAAAUCCAGACCCCAGGUCCAUCAGGCUGGUUGGUUCUGGGGGAGACUGUGCAGGAAGGCUGGAGGUUUUCCACAGCGGCUCGUGGGGGACAGUGUGUGAUGACUCGUGGGAUAUUGAGGAUGCGCAGGUGGUGUGCAGACAGCUGCAGUGUGGAGUGGCCCUCAGUACACACAUACCAGCCUGGUUUGGUCCUGGAACUGGGUCCAUAUGGCUGAAUGAGGUGGAGUGUGAGGGGAACGAGACGUCCCUGUGGAACUGCAGAUUUCAGCUGUGUGAAGAGGGUGAAUGUGGACACCAGGAGGACGUAGGAGUCGUGUGCUCAGGUACAGUGUAAUUUAUCUACAAUAAAGUUUAUGAAGUUAUUGUUCAUAAAAGCAGCAGAUGUCCAUUAACUUUGAGUGAUUAAUCUUUAUCCAUAUUUUAAAUAAUAACGGCCAGAACAGAAGUAAUGAUUACAAAUUUAUACUCAGUAUGAGUCGUUGUUCUUCCACCAGAGUUUAAAGAGAUCCGACUCACGGAGGGCUGUGAGGGGAAUCUGGAAGUGUUCUACAAUGGAACCUGGGGUAAUGUGUGUCACAAUCAGAUGGAUGAGGAGACAGUAAACAUGGUGUGUCGAGAGCUGAACUGUGGAAGACGUGGCAAUGUGUCAAACACUGAAACACGAGUAAAAUCUGCUCCUAACUGGCUGGAUUAUCUGAAGUGUAGGAAACACGACUCUAAUCUGUGGCAGUGUCCAUCUUCACCCUGGGGACAGAACAGAUGUGAUAAUGGUGAUGAGGUGGCUCGUAUUACCUGCACAGAUGAUGGAAAGUCUCUACGUACACAAGAAAAGUGCUCUUCAUUUCCCUCUCAGAAACACUGCUCAAAGCACUGGUCUCUCAGGCUGAGUGGAGGAGAGGGAAGCUGCUCUGGGAGGUUGGAGGUGUAUCAUAACGCUACGUGGGGCUCCGUUUGUGAUGAUCAGUGGAACAUCAGGAACGCUCAGGUGGUGUGCAGACAGCUGGGCUGUGGGUCGGCGCUGAGUGCUGAUAGGAAUGUUAGUUCUGGUCCUGGUGAAGGGACUAUCUGGCUGAACAGAGUGAAGUGUCGAGGGGAUGAGAUUCACCUGUGGGACUGUCAUCAUUCCCUGAAGAAACACACUGACUGCUCUCAUGCUGGAGUCACCUGUGCAGGUCAGAGGGGUGUGCUAACUUUUCAGCUUCCUGUCUCCACUCAUUACACUUUUCUCCCAGUGUUAAGACCUGAUAACUUUUAUUUAUAAUCUUAGAUAUUAGUUUGAAAGCUCAGACCCUAAACUG